UUUGCCAAACUUUCGCGAACUUCUCUUCAGUCCGUUCUUGCUUUGCCAGCGUGCACGUCCUCCACCUCUAUUCAAACCUUGGAGUCAGUAACAUGCAUGGCACCCAUGCUUUCCAGUGUAUUUUCUGCUCAGUGCUCCUAUGCAUCGGAUUGGGGGCAAUUGCAGCAGCAGCAGCAGCAGCAGCAGCUGAGUCUGGGUCAGAGACAGAGCUGGUGGUCCCCCAUGAGUUAAAAAGAGAGGAGGUUCACCUUCUCUUGCAGCAGGAAGCUGCGGGGCGGAGUAGUGGGCGCCGGAGCCGGAGCCGGAGCCAGCGCUCCCUCCAGCACCAUCCAACAAGUCAGCAGCGGGACGACCGGGACGACCGGGACGACCAGGACAACGACUUGUUCCUCUCCCUGCCGGCGUUUGGGAAGCAGCUCUACCUGCGGCUCCACAGGGACGACUCCUUUAUAGCGGAUGGCUUCGUGGUGGAGGACCGGGCGGAGGAGGAUGGGAGCGUAUGGCAGGGGCAGGAGAAGACCUCAUCAUCCUCAUCCUCAUCCUCAUCAUCAUCAUCAGGGAUCCUGGAGGAUGAGAAGUUCAGAGGCUGCUUCUACACGGGAGCUGUGCUCAACCACACCGGCUCCUUCGCCUCCGUCAGCACGUGCGGUGGUGGUCUGAGCGGCCUGGUGCAGACAGCGGAUGACAGCCUGUUUAUUGAGCCAGUCAGUCUGGCGCUCGACUCCUUCUCUGGGACGCAGCACAAGGUCACCCGCCGCAAACGAUCCGCCAGAGCCGACGCCGAUGCCGAUGCCGAUGCCGACGCUGACCCCCCACCCCCACCGCCCUCCUCUGAUGACGGACAGCCACCCUACUGUGACCCUGUGCAAGGCAAGAGGAGGGACCGUAAGCAGCGCGUGGCAGAUGAGGGGCGGGGCCGUCGGAACGCCAUCCGCCUCAGCCAGAGCUACACGGUGGAGACGGUGGUGGUGGCCGACUCGGACAUGGUGGGGUACCACGGAGCAGAGGCCGCACAGAGAUUCAUCCUCACCGUCAUGAACAUGGUGUACAACAUGUUCCACCAUAAGAGUCUGGGCGUUCGUGUCAAUAUCCGGGUUACUAAGCUCGUCCUGCUCCACUCCCGUCCGGAGAAGCUGAAGGUGGGCCACCACGGGGAGCGCUCCCUGGAGAGCUUCUGUCACUGGCAGAAUGAGGAGUUCGGCAGGGCACGUUACCUUGGCAACAACCACGUCCCCGGGGCCCGAGACGACCUGCCACCUGUGGACGCCGCCGUCUUUGUCACCAGGACUGAUUUCUGCGUCCACAAGGAUGAGCCCUGUGACACAGUAGGUAUUGCCUAUCUGGGCGGUGCGUGCAGCUCUAAGAGGAAGUGUGUGCUGGCGGAGGACAACGGACUCAACUUGGCCUUCACCAUCGCCCACGAGCUCGGACACAAUAUGGGUAUGAGCCACGAUGACGACCACGCCACCUGCACAGGCCACUCCCACAUCAUGUCUGGAGAAUGGGUCAAAGGCCGUAACCCCAGCGACCUCUCCUGGUCCUCCUGUAGCCGUGACGACCUGGAGAAGUUCCUGAGGUCGAAGGCCAGUAUGUGUCUCCUCCACACGGACCCCCGCAGUCGCUACAUGGUGCGGCUCCCCCCGAAGCUGCCUGGCAUGCACUACAGCGCAGACGAGCAGUGCCAGAUCCUCUUUGGCACCAAUGCAACCUUCUGCAACGACAUGGAGCAUCUAAUGUGCGCAGGCCUCUGGUGUCUGGUGGAGGGUGACACCUCCUGCAAGACCAAACUGGACCCCCCUCUGGAUGGUACCGAGUGCGGUGCCGACAAGUGGUGCAGGAAUGGUGAGUGUGUGAGUAAGACUCCCAUCCCUCAGCAUGUGGAUGGAGAUUGGAGCCCCUGGAGCCAGUGGAGCAUGUGCAGUCGCACCUGUGGCACGGGAGCCGCGUUCAGGCAGAGGAAGUGUGACAACCCACCCCCGGGGCCUGGAGGACGUCACUGCCAGAAGGCCAGUGUGGAGCACAAGGCGUGUGAGGGUCCGCCGUGUGCCAAGGGCAACCCGUCCUUCAGGGACCAGCAGUGCCAGUCCCACGACCGCCAGAGCAACAAGAAGAAGAGCAGCAUGUGGGCCGCCGUCACCAAUGAUGAGAAGCCGUGUGUUCUGUUCUGUACUCCUGUGGGUCGGGAUGCUCCAGUUCUGGUGGCCGAUCGGGUGCUGGAUGGAACCCCAUGUGGACCCUACGACUCAGACCUGUGUGUCAACGGGAGGUGUCAGAAAAUUGGUUGCGAUGGCAUCAUUGGCUCCUCGGCCAAGGAAGACAGAUGUGGCGUGUGCAACGGAGACGGCAAGUCCUGCAAGAUUGUCAAGGGCGACUUCAACCACACCAGGGGAAUGGGUUACAUCGAGGCGGCCAUUAUUCCUGUGGGCGCUCGGCGAAUUAAAGUGGUGGAGGACAAGCCAUCUCACAGCUUCCUAGCGCUGAAAGACUCAACCAAGCGAUCCAUCAACAGCGACUGGAAGAUCGAGCUGCCGGGCGAGUUCGAGCUGGCCGGCACGACGGUGCGCUACGUGCGACGGGGACUGUGGGAAAAGAUGUCGGCGAAGGGACCCACUAAGACACCUCUGCACCUCAUGGUACUGUUGUUUCACGACCAGACGUACGGUAUCCACUACGAGUACACAGUGUCUCUGAACCAGACCCAGGAGAACAGCAGCGAGGUUCAGCGCCAGCCAGAGCAUCUCUACCUCUGGACACACAGCAGCUGGGAAGGAUGUAACGUCCAGUGUGGUGGAGGAGAGAGGAGGACGGUUGUGGCCUGCAUGAAGCUUGUGAAUAAGACCAUGACACUGGUGAAUGACAGCCACUGCCACCCCGAGAAUCGACCUGCGCCUCAGAUUCGCCACUGCAACACCCAUCCCUGCCAGUACCGCUGGGUGACGGGUGACUGGGGCCGCUGCUCUGUGACGUGUGGUAAGGGCCUGCAGCUACGGGAGGUGGUGUGUGUGCAUCAGCUCCAGAACGGCUCCUACGUCAACACGCACGACCGCUACUGCCUCAGUGCCAAGCCCUCCUCCAUGCAGGGAUGCGACGGACGAGACUGCCUCACUGUCUGGGAGGCCUCCGAGUGGUCAAAGUGCUCGUCAGACUGCGGUCGAGGUACGCGGCGGAGGACGGUGACCUGUACCAACCCGCAGGGCCGCUGUGACCCCUUGACCCGCCCCGCCGAGCAGGAGGCCUGUGAGGACCACUCCAAAUGCUACGAGUGGAAGACCGGCGAGUGGUCAAAGUGUUCCUCGUCGUGCGGUCGGGCGCUACAGUCCCGGGUCGUCCAGUGUAUGCACCGCGUGACCGGUCGGCACGGUAACGACUGCCCAGCCGUGCUGAAGCCGGCGGCGUACCGGCAGUGUCACCAGGGGGCCUGCAACGAGAAGGUCAACGUCAACACCAUCACCUCACCCCGACUGGCGGCGCUGACGUACAAGUGCACAGGGGACCAGUGGACGGUGUACUGCAGGGUGAUCCGCGAGAAGAACUUGUGCCAGGACAUGAGGUGGUACCAGCGCUGCUGCCAGACCUGCAGAGACUUUUAUGCCAAGCAAAUGCCACACAGCAGUUAAUAGCCCCGUGGCGGGCACAUACAUAGGGUGUAUUUCAUUGUACAGUACAUGACUGUGCUUGUACUUGACUGUGUGUCAGUGAUGAUUAUUAUUAUGAUUUGAAAUGUUUUAUUAUGGUAAUUAUGAUUAUAUUAUUAUUAUUAUUAUUAUUAUUAUUAUUAUUAUUAUUAUUAUUAUUAUUAUUAUUAUACAUACACAUAAGUGUUAUGUGAUUUAUUUUUUUAUAAAUGACAUAAUAAUGUUACAUUUCUAAAUCUAGGGUUCAUGUUACAUGAACAUUACAUUUCAAAUGAGACCUAAAAGCUACCAGAUGUUCAGAAGAAAAAGACUUGAAAACAUUGUUUUGUUUGUUGAGUUUUCUGUGUUGCUGUAAACCAAAGGAGGUGACUGAUAGAUACACAAGGGGAAGUCACUGUUAAUCCCAUAGAUUUUAGAUAUAGAAUGCCAGAUGCCUUGCACGGGAGUCCGGAACACCCUCACAGGUUGGCCAUCUUGCCACACAGGUCGGCCAUCUUGGCAGAACCUGUGGAACCUGGGGAUAUUGGCCAGCUGGAUGAGGAUUACCUUUUAUUUUUUUAAAAGGUUCAAUCAUGCCUCUGUAACAGCUUUUUGUUCCAGCAGUCUGAUUUUAGUACAUCUUCUAAAGAUGAUUGAAAAGUGUCUUUAUUAUACCAUAGCAAGUCAAAGGAUGUAUCCAAUCCACACAUUCUAUGUUUCAAGUAAAUAACUGUUAUUAGUGUGUUUCAGACUGGUCUACUGGUUUACUGUUUGUGGUAAACUGGCAGCCAUGUGUGGGCGUUCGACUCCAUUGACCAGCAAUGUGAAUGAGGCAGCUAGCGUUCUAUGUCCCAUCAGAAUGGCUGUUGUACAGUGCAAACACAUUUAGCUGGCCCUGUUCUCACAUCACCACUGGCUGGCCAGUAAUCCACGAAUGGGCACUGGAACCUGUUUUUUUAAUUUUCUUGUUCACUUUGAUUUCCCAGAUAUAUAAGAAAUGUUUGUGUGCGUGUGUGUGUGCGUGUGUGUGUGUGUGUGUGUGUGUGUGUGUGUGUGUGUGUGACGUCUUUGUUUUUGUUAUUACACCGUUUGUCUUUUCUGGGUUCUUUAUUUUUUAUUACUAGUAUUUUAAUUUUUGUCAAGAGCCACCGUCAAGUAGUUUUACUGCUAAUUUCUUGGUAACCUCAAGCCCAGCACUGGUGCUUCCUAACUCGUAAUGGUCUUUCAAAAACAAAUAUGAGCUAAUUGUUUUGUUUUAUAAGCCUGGGGCUCAGAGGGCUCAGGUGGAAAGCUGGGUCGGGUUAGGCGAUAUACCCUGUUGGCCUCACUAUUUACAUAUUUCCCGUCAGAAAAGCAAAUGCCCUUUUAUGUAUAGUGUUAAGACCAGAGUUUUGUGAAGUAGAAGUACUGUUACAAAUGUAAUUGCAACACUUGUAGUGUGCUGUUACAUAGCCGCAACUAUGUAAUAUCAUACUGCCAGUACACUACUAAUUUAUAAUACUUUAUACAACUCUGGUUAAGACACCCUGCUAAAUUGUAAGAAAAAAUGUAUUAUCCCCUUCUUGUUUCAUUUUUUACAUGUGUGAUGUCUUCAUAGUCUGUCCAAAAGUGGGACAUUGAACCUAUUUAGUGUGCGUUUUGAUAUUAGCAAGAGAGAAAGCUGUGUGGAAGUGGUGGUGCAUCUAAAUCCAUUGCUUUGAGUUUAACAACCAUUUCAUCUUUGUUUGCACUCAGUAGAUUGGUAAUGCCCCAUGUCACGUACGGUACACCUCUUCCCUGAGAGGAGAGAGAAUCGCAUUCUCAUAACCAAGACGGAGAUAGGGUCCUACAGAACUCUCAGCCAUUUUUUGCUUG